AUGGGUUUUAAAGCUGAGAUUAAACUUGACAGUUUUUUAAAAGUUACGAAUGUUAGCAACGAGAGAUCUGAAAUUUCCCAAGAAACAGCAAUCUCAAAAACUGUUGACGUUAAAUCUGAACAAAAAAAUAGUGGUUUAAAUUCUCGAAUUGAAUUAGUUGAAAGUGGAUCAGCAUCAUAUUCAUUAAUAUCAGAUAGUGUUAACGAAACUUUCGAAAGUGUCAGUGAUUCGGAAAAAGAAAUUGAAAAAGUGUCUAAAAUUGAAAAUUCUACAGGUUUAGAGCCUGUCGAAUUAAGCAAAGAUCCUGCUCUUUGGGAAAUAAAUGAUUCAACAAGAGAAAUUUUGUCGAGACAUGGGUUUAGUCAAAAUAUAUCGUCCGAUUUUUCCAACAGUGAGAGACUAUAUUCUGAUCAACGUCGUUUUUUGACCAAGAAUGUUUUCCAAAGAAAGUUAAAAAACAAUGAAGAAGUAAACAGAAGUUGGUUGAUUUAUUCUGAGAGUAAAGGUUCCGUUUUUUGUGGACCUUGUUUGGUUUUUGAAAUAGGUGAAUCUCAGUCUCAAUUUUCCUCUAAAGGUGGUUUCAAUGACUGGAAAAAUGUUGAAAAGCGUGUAGUUGCACACGAAAAUACUCUUCAGCAUAAAUCUUGUAUUCUUGCCAUGAAAUGCAGAAGUGAAUCAGAUUCCAAUAUUGAUUCAUUAUUAUUUUCCCAAGUGAAUGAAGAAAUUUCUUAUUGGAGAAAUGUCUUAAAAAGAGUUGUUGCUGUUGUGAAAGCAUUAUCUUCAAGAGGUUUGGCUUUUAGAGGAACUAGUGAAGUAUUUGGUGAUAUGCAUAAUGGAAAUUAUAUGAUGUUUUUAGAAGUAAUAGCAGAAUUUGAUCCUUUUUUAGCUAAACAUAUUGAAUCGCAUGGUAACCAAGGAUCUGGAUCAACCAGUUAUUUGUCAAAAACUGUUUGUGACGAAUUUAUUUUCUUGAUGUCAAAAAAAGCUUUUGAGUAUAUUAGUGAAGAGUUAAAAUCAUCAAAAUACUUUUCCCUGAUUCUGGAUUCAACUACUGAUAUAGGACAUGUAGAUCAACUCACUUUGGUCAUUCGUUAUGUCUUAAAUAAUGGAGAAGCUUGUGAACGUUUUAUUAAAUUCUUACCUUCUGUAGGACACAAAGCUCAAGAUCUGUUUCUUGCUGUUACUUCAGAGUUGAAAGCAUUGGAUAUAAAUAUUGAAGAUUGUCGCGGUCAAUCGUAUGACAAUGCUUCAAAUAUGUCCGGCCUAUAUAAUGGCUUACAAGCUAAAAUUAAAGAGAUAUCACCAUUUGCUUUUUAUGCUCCUUGUGCAGGCCAUUCUGCAAAUUUAAGUGGGUCUGCAGCAGCUGAAUCGACUGCAGAAGGCUUUUCGUUAUUUAUGCUGUUAGAAGAAGUUUACGUAUUUUUUGUAAGAUCGACUGAAAGAUGGAAGAAAUUAACAACUGAAAUUGAAAACAAAAAUACGUUGAAAAGAGUUAAUCUAACACGUUGGUCAGGAAGAGAAUCUGCAUGCAAGAGUUUAAAAGAUUCAUGGUUUGAAGUUCAAAGAGUUUUGAAAAGCAUUGAAGACGAUCCAGCAGAGAAACCUAUUACAAGAAAUGAGGCGAAGGGCAUACGUAUUAAAUUAGAACGUUUAGAAACUGCGUUUAUGGUAGAGUUUUGGAAUGUCAUUUUAGAAAGAUUGAAUAAGGUGAUGAUUCAAAUACAAAGUUCUACAAUUGAUCUUCAAACAGUAACAGAAUUAUACAAAUCACUUCAUGACUUUGUAAUAGCUGAACGGGAAAACUUCAAGUAUUUUGAAGAGAAGGCGAUGGAAAUUAGUGUAGUAAAGAAGUACGAAACAGAAACGUGUAAGAGGAAACGAAAAAGAAAGACAUUUGCAGACGAAGUACCAGAGGAAGAAUUAAGAGUAACAGCAAGUGAUCGAUUCCGAAUUGAAACAUAUCUGGUAAUUAUUGAUAGAUUGUCAGCUGAAUUAAAAAAAAGACACGCUGCCUAUCUUAUUUUUUCUAACAAUUUUUCAUUUUUGAUUGAAAUGAACACGUUGUCAGUGGUUGAACUUACAGAGAAAGCUUCUUCUCUUAUAAAGGCUUAUCCUGAUGAUCUAGAAGAGAAUCUAAUUUCAGAAUGUAUUCAUUUUGCGAGCUACAUUUCUUCCAUGAAAGAUACAGAAAGAAAAACAUUGAUCUCCCUAUCGAGUCUCUUAAAAUUCUUACGAAAUCGUUCAUUGCAAAACAUUUACCCUAACUUGGAUAUUGCUUUGCGAAUUGCAGUUUGCAUUCCGGCAACAAACUGUUCAGGAGAAAGAAGUUUUUCUUGUCUAAAAAGAGUAAAAAAUUAUCACAGAUCAUCAUUAUCGCAGGAAAAGUUAAACUCUCUAGCUCUUCUAUCCAUCGAAUCAAAUCUCAUAAAAUCAAUUGAUUAUGAUGAACUUAUAGAUGACUUUGCAAAUAAAAAAUCACGUAAACAAUUAAUGUAG